AUGACAACAUUCUCUAAGAGGCGAAACGGUCUCUUUGGAAAAGCCAGUGAGUUCUGCAGGUUAUCCGGUGCCGAAAUUGCCAUCAUUGUGUUUUCGCCAGGUAACCGUGUGUACCAGUUUGGUCAUCCUUCAGCAGACUCGAUCAUUGAUCGGUAUGAUCUACGAACUGAAGAUGACAACAAUAAAGGCACGCGAGUAUAUGGGAACUCACUCGACGACGAAGAGGGCGAUCCUGAUCAUGAUGAUAUGGGUAUCGAGCUUGCAAAAGAGGCAGCUGAUGGUAGGGAUGAGCAUGGAAAGGCCAGGUUUUGGUGGGAUGAUCUGCCUAUUGAAGAUAUGGGACUACAACAACUUGAGCAAUAUAAAAGUUCACUAGAGGUUUUAAGAAACGAGCUGGCUUAUGAGUUAUAUGAGACGAAGAGGAGAGAAUCACACACCAGAGAUUUUUUGAGUUUGAUCGGCUCUUGUAUUAGUACUGGUACUAGUACUUCUACUUCUGAUCCAAUAAGUAAAGAACGCAACUGUGAUAUUGUAGAAGAACACCAGGCACAUGUUUUAUGGGAGCAACAUGAUCGACGGGCGCAACUAACACAAAAUUCACAAUUUAAAGAGCUGUAG